AUGUCCGCUGGUGUCAUUGCCAUCUAUGCCAUCGGCUCCGCGGGCGAUGUCGUGCCCAUGCUGGCUCUGGGUCGUGCCGUGAGCCAGCGCUGCGGCUAUCGAGUCCGCUUCAUCUCGACGCAGAGAUGGAGAACCAAGGCUAUCGAAGAGGGUCUGGAGUACUUUGAUCAUCAUGACGAACCCAUAAUGUGCACUUCGGACGGCUACUGGCCCAACGAUGCCGCGCUCUUCGUGAAGCACCGCGGCACCAUGGAGGGCAUCAAGUGUCUUUUGCGGGCAUUCAUGCCUGCCCUCGAGUUCCUGUACCGCACCGCAGACCAGCAUCUCUCCGGCGUCAACCUUGCCAUCUUGACCAACGCUGCAUCGUUUCUCCAAGACGACUGUCGGGUGCGAGGUAUUCCUUACAUCCUUUGCUGCAUGCAGCCCAACCAAGCCACCCGCGACUAUCCUCCGCCGCUUCUCGGGCUGCCGUACAACCCAACCAACGAGGAAUCCAAGAAAACGAACCUCGCCAAGUGGGACAGCGUGGGAUUGCAGGGACUGCGUAUCUUCAUCAUCAUGAUUCAGCAGCGACGCAAGCAUCUCGGUCUGCGCCGAACCAUUUUGCCGCCCUCCAUCACGGCCAUUUACGACAUCAUCCGGACCGGAUUCGAGCUCAAGGAUGCCAUGGGGACGGCGCCGUACUUAUGUGCAGUCAGUCCCGCGCUACUACCAGUUCCAACCGACGUACCGAAGCAUGACUUGUGUAUCCAGUCAGGACCAUUCUUGCUGGACCACAGCCAAGAUGCAAAUGCGUUUACGCCCCCGCCCGAUAUCGAGGAUUUUCUGGCAACAGGACCGAUCGUCUACUUUGGAUACGGAUCGCUUCAAAAGAUUGGCCCGUCAUCGACCAAGGAGAUCGACCACAUGUUCAUAUGGCUGGAUGCCAUCGGUCAGCUCGAGGCCCUUGGCGUAUCGGCCAAGGCUGUGCUUUCGUUCUCCUGGGGCGAGGCCGAUCUCACAGGGGAUAUGGAAUCGCCACGGCUUGCUCAGCUCCGCCGACGCAUCGAAGACAUGGAGCGACAGCAGCGAAUCUAUCGCUUGGUCGGCUCCUUUCCACACACCUACCUCUUCCCGAAAUGCCAUGUUGCCGUGCACCACGGCGGCGCCGGGACCACCCAAACCGCGGUCAAGUAUCGACUCCCGGCAGUCGUUGUCUCGCAUUUUGCGGAUCAGCCCUUCAUGGCCUCGAUCGUCAAGCACCAGGGCGUCGGGGUCGGGAUCGACAUUGAUGAAUUUGGGACGCGGACACUGUUGGGCGCCCUGAAGGACAUCCUGGUCGAUCGACCCGAGUUCUACAAGCAAAAUUGCGAUCGCAUCGCUUCUCAGAUGGAGCAAGAAGACCCGAUCGGCAGCGCCGUUGGGAUGGUACAGAAGCUGCUGAAGCCUACAAAUACCACAGCAGCAACAGCGACAGCGACAGCAGUACCAGCAGCAGCAUCCGUGUCAGCGGCAGCAGCCCCAUCGGACCAAACCAAAGAUGAGAACUAG